AGUGCCUCCCAAGUCCAAGGUAUAGGCUAUUCUUCUCCUUAAUUAAUGCAGUAUCUGGCUUGGCUUUAGUUCCGUGGUUCAAGUGAUGCCACAACCAGAAAAAUCUCUUGGUAACAACCUUCCAAUAAUUCGCAUACCGGGAGAUGGUAGAUGUCUGUUUAGAUCUGUUGUCUAUGGUGCCUGCCUCAGAUCAGGGGUCCCAACUCCAACUGUCAGCAGGCAAAAAGAACUAGCAGAUGAGCUUAGAGCCAAAGUUGUGGAUGAAUUCAUCAAGAGGAGGGCAGACACUGAGUGGUUUCUCGAAGGUGACUUUGACACCUAUACAGUACAGAUGCGAAUGCCUCACAUAUGGGGAGGGGAACCUGAACUUCUCAUGUCCUCACAUGUUUUACAGAUGCCUAUAACGGUGUUGAUGCAGGACAAGAAUUCCAACAACCUUAAAGUUAUAGCUGAAUACGGUCAGGAGUAUGGCAAGGACAACCCUAUUCGAGUAAUAUAUCAUGGUUAUGGCCACUAUGAUGCAUUGAAGAGUUCCUAAUCUUAGCUUUCAUAUUUUUAUUGAUGCUCUUUGCAAUGGCUUUAGAACUUGCCAAUGUGCAUAUGAUUCAGUGAAGCUAAGAAAUUCUGAUGUUUGAGGAAAGCUAAUAAAUGGCCAAUGGCAUUAAUGCUUCAAUAGCAUGCGUUAUUUGAUUAUUCAAAUGGUGCCAUAACCAUUCCACUUAUGUUCUCAAAGAAACUUGGCACGUGCUUCAAAUAAUUAUUGUUUUCCUAGAAAGUAAAGCUGUUGAAAUUGUAUUGAUUAUGACCAUAACAUUAUUUAGGUCCUCAUGUUCAUAACAUUCAAUAAUUGAUAGCAUAUUUGU